UGCACAGACGCCGUAUCUUGAAUGUUGUCAUAUUGUCAUGAAUAGAUAAACUUCAGUUGUAGCAGUGACGUGUAAAGAAUUGAUACUUUCAUCAAACUUUUCGCGAGCUUCAAAAUAUACACGUAAAACUUUGCAUCAACCUGAAGUCAAUACAUUUGAGAUUAAACGUGCGGUGACUGUAAAUUGUGUAUAAAGUGCGAUUUUAUUUGAUUAACGCCCAUUAUCAAUCCAUUCAGCGUGAAUUUGGUAUCAGUUUUGAACUCAAGGCGAAAUGAAUAACAAUGUGUACUUUAAAACAUCAAUUGCUCAGUAGAAAUACAAAAAAAUAUUCAAAUGUGUCUUAAUGGUGCAAAAAUCAUAUUGCUAAUACCUAUGCGUACAUAAUAAACAAGAUUAGCUUUUUGGUAAUUACGAUUAAUUGUGUAAAUAGUAGUCAAAUUCAUGCACGACAAAACAUGUUGACAAUAUUAUAAAACCAAUCCGUCAAAAUGUAUCACUUGUUGAGUGCUUGUAUAUAAAGUGGAUCAAAAAUAUAAGAAACCAGUAAAUAGAAAAGUGUUAAAGCUUGAUGUAUUCUAGAAUACCGCAUUAUUUUAGAAUCACCUUUAACUGAAUGUGAAACAAUUUCAAGUGUAUGGACUUUCAAUGAAACCUAUUUCUGAUAACAAAUGUUGGAAACUUACUUUGAAAUGUGUGCAUGUACGGCAAUCACAUGGGUUAAGCAAAUCGAAGACUAUAGCAUUCAUACGUUUAACUUGGUUAAAUUAUUCAAACAACGCAUGACAAAAAUACUUCUUCAUUGAUUAAUUCACUAUCCAAUACAGCUUCAAUUGAUGCGCCUAAUUAUAAUUUAUGUGGUUGAUUUCCUUCCGAAUCACGUGCUGGCGUAGCAGUUCCAACGGAAUGGUUUCUCAGUAGCAUAUCAUAGCGGCACAAAGAAAAAAGAAGCAGAUGACUAGCUCGGACUGUAAAUAUUUUCAUAAGAAAUCAAAAGUAUCGCGUGAUCUAGCCUUGUGAUGAAAGAAAAUGCGAUGCCCUUCUGAGGGACAGUGACGAAAUACUAAGUACAGGAAUUCUAUUUAGAUGGAAAUUUUAACGAGAGUCGCCGGGAGUUUUGCUGGUCUUUGGAGAAAUCGUAGACUGUCCCGAUCUUCUCAUCAAUUGCAGGCCCACAUCAUGAAGACGAAAUUCCACGUAAUCAGACCAUUGCAACAAAUACAAAUCUUUCUGCUAUCCAGGUCACAAAAUAUUUGCAAUCCAAUCCUGAUUUUCUGGACACUUUCGUCAUGGAUGAAAUACAACUUGAGCAACUUGAACGAUGGAUGAUACGCAAAACCCAGCGCACUCGGAAAAUUCCUCAACCUAUAGGUAAAAAUGGUAGAAAAACUAGUCUUAGUCGAUGGAAGUUUUGCGUUCAUGCAGAUAAACGACAAAUGCUACAGGAUCUUAUACACUCCUUACAAUUAAGACCCACCAAAAUGCAUGUACUUUGGGAGCUGGCAUCUUGCAUCUGUUCGGCUGUAAAUGCUGACGGAUUCCGGCUUUAUCUCACUGAUGUUGUUGAGGCAGAAUCUCUGCAUCUUUGCUUAAGUAAUAACUUUAUUGACGAAAAUGGUGAUCCGAAGCCCCUAAGAAUAAAAUCCGAUGCAGUUAUUCCCAACUAUGUGGCCAAAACUAGGGAACUGAUUCGAUUUUCCAAAGGAGACAGUGAUCAUCGAUUUGAUCUAAAUGUAUUAGAUAAGAGUGAAAUGGCACACGUAAUGUGCCAGCCUAUCGUGUAUCCUGAUGGAUCCUUGGUAGCUGUACUCGAACUGUGGCGUCGAGAUUGUGGUACACCGUUCUACGAGGAGGAUGAAGAAAUAGGCUGCAGCUAUCUGGUCUGGGGUGGUAUCGCUAUACAUUAUGCACAUCUGAAUCUAGUCGGAUUGAAACAGCGGAAACUUAAUGAUUUUCUAUUGGCAGUAGUUAAGUCUAUAUUCCAAGAUAUGGUGAGCAUGGAUAUGCUAGUUUCAAAAAUUAUGAAUUUUGCUCAAAGACUUGUGGAUGCGGAUCGAGCUUCCCUGUUUCUAGUCGAUUCAAAAAGCAAAGAGCUAUAUGCAACAAUUUUUGACGUAGGCUGUGAAGAUAAAAUUUCAAAAGGAGAUAACGAAAAUGAAAACAAAGUACCUAAGGAAAUUAGGUUUCCUAUUGGAACCGGUAUAGCCGGACAGGUUGCAAUGACCGGCGAAAUUCUUAAUAUCAUCGAUGCUUAUGCCGACUCAAGAUUCAAUAGAUCCAUCGAUCAACUGACCGGAUAUAGGACAGAAUCAAUUUUGUGCAUGCCCAUCUUCAUACGCGGAAAUGUCAUUGGCGUUGUACAAAUGAUUAACAAGCGCGCAGGUUACUUCAAUAAAGAGGAUGAAGAAGCAUUUGAGAUGUUUGCAGUUUACUGUGGACUAGCCCUUCACCACGCAAAAUUGUAUGACAAAAUACGACGAUCCGAACAAAAAUAUCGUGUAUCUCUUGAAGUGUUGAGUUAUCAUAACACCUGCUCUGAAAAAGAAGUAGAGAAGUGUCUUGAAGUGGGUAUACCACAGAGAAUACCCAACAUUGAUCAAUACGAUUUCAGUCCGUUCGAAAACAACGAUUUCCAGAAAGCUAUGUACAGUGUCUAUAUGUUUAAGGAUUUGUUUGGGUUGGGGCGAUUCGACAAGACUAAUUUGAUCAGAUUUACUCUGACGGUAAAGAAAAAUUAUAGAAGAGUACCAUAUCAUAACUGGACCCACGGAUUUUCGGUUGCUAAUACAAUGUACAGUAUGAUAAAAAAUUGCAGCGCAAUUUUUCGACCAAAUGAGAGUUUGGCUCUAUUCAUUGGAUCCCUAUGCCAUGACCUAGAUCAUCGCGGCAAAAACAAUAAAUUCAUGCUGGACACUGAAUCUCCAUUAGCAGCCAUUUACAGUACAUCAACAAUGGAACACCACCAUUUCAAUCAGACUGUCACUAUACUACAGCAGGAGGGUCACAAUAUUUUCAGUAAACUAAGUAGCAGUGAGUACAAACAGGUGCUAAGCCUUAUAAAGCACUGCAUACUUGCCACUGAUCUAGCGCUAUUUUUCCCUAACAAAGAAAAGUUAAACGCUUUAGUCGAUGAGGAGAGAUUUUCCUGGACUAUAUCAGAACACCGUAUGCUAAUACAAGCAAUCGCGAUGACCGGAGCUGACUUGUCUGCAUCAGCCAAACCCUGGGAAGUACAAACGGAGACAGUCAAGGUAAUAUUCGCUGAAUUCUACGAUCAAGGUGAUGAGGAGAAAAAAUCGGGACGAAAACCAAUUCCGAUGAUGGAUCGCGACCAGCCUGAAGAACAGGCCGCUUCACAGCUCGGUUUCCUAACGGGGAUAUGUAUACCAUGCUAUACAUUACUUCAUAGGUUGAUUCCGGAAACAAAACCAAUGCUAGACAUGUGCAAUGAGAACUUGACUAAAUGGCAAGAUAUUGCUAAAGGCAUUCGAAAGUUUGAUCAAUGAAAGCCAACAGAACACGAGAUUCGAAACUGAUCUAAUAUCAAUGCUAUGAAGUAGUCAAAUCAAAAAAGACGUAUUUUGUCAGCAAGGAUGAAUCCAAAAUAGCAUCAUCAGUCGAACUCGUAAUAUGAAAAUGAUACAGUGAAUCGACUGCAAGCUGCCUACCCAGUUAAGUCCAGCCGGAGUUUUGGCUGGAUCUUGGUUGUAUCUGACUACCGUGACACAACCGAAUCCAAUGAGAAUCUGUGUCGGCUCAUUUUCCGGUUGGACUUACUGGGUGAACUCCAACUGAAAGGACAUCAAUGUUACUUGAAUUCCGCCUCCAUAAUAUGCAGAUCUUUAAAAGUAUUACCGCUGUUUGUUAUUUGUUAGGUUAAUUGUAGAGAAAAAUGUAGUAAUAGUAUUACGAUAAUAGUAAUAAAAUAAUAAU